AUGGCCCUUAACAAUCGUCCUCAAGGGACGUUACCUGUGGACACACAUGUCAAUCCAAAAGAGCAGGGCCUGAAGCCGCUUAUGGCGGUGAACUUGAGAAAUGGUAGAGAUCUUGAUUUAGAGCAAGAAAUUGCUUGUGAGAGCCGGUCAACUAAAACACUUGUGUUAGUGCCAAUUGAGUUAGAUGAGUCAACUGGCCUAACAAAAGUAAGAGUACAACCAGCCCAAGAGGAAAUAAACAAGGAAAAAGAAGUUGCGGGGGACACUGAGAAAAGGUUGGCCAAAUAUCAGAAGGAUGAGCAGUAUAAAAAUUUCAUGGAAAUGCUUAAGCAAAUUCAAGUAAACAUUCCUCUAAUAGAUGCUUUGAGGGAGAUGCCCGUUUAUGCAAAAAUGAUGAAGGACUUGAUGUCUCGAAAGUUCAACUUCCAAGACUUGGCAACUGUCACGUUGACACAGACCUGUAGUGUUAUUAUGAUAAGACCUAUAGCUGAGAAGCUAUCCGACCCUGGAAUCUUCACAAUUCCAUGCACCAUAGGUAGCUAUGCAUUCGCCAAAGCAUUGUGUGAUAUGGGGCUGGCUGACCGAACGGUGAAAACACCAUCAGGUAAACUUGACGAUGUACUUGUGCAAGUUGGAAAAUCCGUGUUUCCAGCAGAUUUUGUCAUUAUGGACUGCCAGGUUGAUAAGAAGAUUCCCAUAAUUUUGGGAAGGCCGUUCUUGGUCAUAGGAAGAGCUCUAAUUGAUUGUGAAACUGGGGAGCUAAAGAUGAGGCUGAAUAAUGAAGAAAUAACAUUUAAUAUGCAAAAGUCUAUAUGGCGACCCAGUGAGUUUGCAGAUUGCUCUUUGUUAGACACGGUGGAUGUAAUCAUGGAGGAAGAUGAUGAGGCACUUAAUGCAAAAGAUCCUCUAAUAGCCUGCCUUAUGAACUUAGAAGAAGUAAAUAGUGAGGACUUGGCGGAAUGGGUGUUGGCUCUUCAAGGGCAAGGGUACUCGAAAAGAGAGAUCGAAUUCGAGCCUUUGCACUCUGAAGAAAGAAAGACCCCUCCAGCCAAGCCAUCGAUUGAAGCACCACCACAAUUGGAGUUGAAACCGCUACCAUCUCACCUUAGAUAUGUUUUCUUAGGACCUAACUCGGCUUUACCUAUUAUUAUCUCAUCUGGUUUGUUAGAUGUGCAGGUAGAACAACUUUUGAAGGUGUUGAAAGAGGUAGCUUUUGAGGGAUUGAAGAAGAGGUUGGUAUCUGUACCUAUCAUAGUUGCACCCGACUGGGAGAAACCAUUUGAGCUUAUGUGUGAUGCAAGUGACCAUGCUGUAGGAGCAGUACUUGGGUAG